CCUCUUAGCAGCUGCGGUGUAAUUGGAUAGCAGCCCGACGUGGGGCGGGAUCCCAGGCGGGUUUCUGCUUAUCGAUUAGCCAAUACCUAAGAGGGCGGGCGGCAGAUCGGCCAGAAGGCGGCAGAUCUAUAAUCCGAUUGGUUCGGGGCUCAGCUGGGAGGCGGGACAAGUUCUCGGUUCGGAGAGGGAGGGACCCUCGAGGGGAGAAGGCCCGAGAGGUCCACGGUCCGCCCGGGAGCGCCGGAGUGAGGGCCGCGAGAUGGAGAAAGGCGGGAGCCCCGGAGGCCUGAUUAAGGUGGUCCAUCUACUGGUCUUGUCAGGUGCCUGGGGCAUGCAAAUGUGGGUGACCUUCGUUUCAGGUUUCCUGCUUUUCUGAGGCCUUCCCCGACAUACUUUUGGCCUAGUGCAGAGCAAACUCUUCCCUUUCUACUUUCACAUCUCCAUGAGCUGUGCCUUCAUCAACCUCUGCAUCUUGGCUGCACAGCAUGCCUGGGCUCAGCUCACACUCUGGGAGGCCAGCCAGCUUUGUCUCCUGUUCCUGAGUCUUACGCUGGCCACCGUCAACGCCCGCUGGCUGGAGUCCCGCACUACGGCUGCCAUGUGGGCCUUGCAGACCGUGGAGAAGGAGCGGGGCCUGGGCGGGGAGGUGGCAGGCAGCCACCAGGGCCCUGACCCCUACCGCCAGCUGCGGGAGAAGGACCCCAAAUACAGUGCCCUCCGCCAGAAUUUCUUCCGCUACCAUGGCAUGUCCACCCUUUGCAAUCUGGGCUGUCUCCUGAGCAACGGGCUCUGUCUCGCCGGCCUCGCGCUGAGCCUCGAGAGCCUGUAGCCUUGACCCUGCAUGUCAAUAAACGCUUCUUGGGAA